AUGACUUUCCUUCCCUACAAAGUGAGACAAAAUCCGGAAUUUAAAAAUUUUGGUACUUCUACAGCUCAAAGUGAAACAUAUCCUUUUCUUGCACAAAAUACAUUAGAAACAGGGCAGAGUUCCAAAACAAUAGAACCAAGAGAUCCUACAUCGGAGGCUUCCUUGGUUUCCCUAUAUGGAUCCAUUAGAUCUAUAAACAACGAUAAUCCUGACAACCCAAUUCCCAUUUGUCGACUUCCUGCUUGGAAAAGAUUAUGCAAGGUGAUUGGUCUUCCAAUUUCAGAGAACUUGGAUACAUUUAUCGCAGCACACCCAAUUUUAAUUGGGAUCACAAUUACAUUAGUAAUUAUAUUUUUUACUUUGCUAAUGAUAUAUCUUGGGAGAACAGACAUUCUUUUAAAACUUUGGUAUCGUGCUCUUUGUUGGCUAGGAUUCAUCAGCUGUGAAUUUUAG